GGUCUUCUCGAGGUUGACUAGACUAGUGACGUAUUUUAAAAUUGAGACCCUGACCUAAGACUAUGCUAGAUCUGAUUUGAAAAGAAAAGAGUCUACUGAAAAAAAGGGAAAAAAUACAAAGAAAAAAGAAGGAUUAUAAACAGAAAAGAAAACAAAAUAAAAGAAAAGGAAAAAUAAAAAUAAAAGAUGAAGAAAAGAAAGAAAAAAGUAUGGAAAAUAGAAAUGUUUGACUGUUUGUCAACAUCACAAGAAGAAGAAGACCUGUUAGAUCUAAUUGAGAUCUAUGCUAUAGUGAUGUACUGGGCAGCCCAAACACAAAGUGACCAGGCUGUGCAUAGCUAUUCUUCAAACUGAGUCCGUAAGAAAUAAGAAUAAGAAGUUAAGCAACAAAAACAAGAAAUCUGUAUUUGUGAAGCAAUCCACAAAACGACUGGUCAUCAAUUACAAGAAAAGCAAAAUGAUGCCCCGAAAAUGAAAUGAUAAUAAAAGAGCUGUACUAGCACGCAUUCCAAAGAUGGUCAUAGAGUUUGCAACUUUAAUGGGAGCUGAUGAACCUUUCAUGCUCAUCAACUGAGCAUCAACUAACCCAUCACUGACAGUAUACCUACAUGUAGAUCAUUUGGGCGUGGAAACAACCCACAACAUUUUGACAAGGCACACCAGAUAAAUCAAUUUUAUCAUGGAAUAGGCCCAAAAUGAACAAAAGCAACACCACGAUUCGGAGAGUGAAUAGAAAGUAAUCAGAUUCUUAUACAUGUAAUUUAUGAGAAAAAAACAAGUGAAAUACCUGGUAAUCAUUAAUUAUCGAAUGUUUCAUCAGACCCUAUACAGCGAAAGACCUUGGCAAAAUGCUAGCGCUUGUUGCGUGGGAUCGGUAGAAUGGUCUAGUUCUAGACUCUGUUAUAUACCGAUAGCCAACCAUGUAUACUCCACAUGAUGGUGAGAACAUGUACAAUGGUGCUUUCACAAGUUCGAAAGAGUUCCAUUAAUAGAGUAGACUGUGUCAUAACAAGACUUUCGGGAAAAGAGAUUGCAGCUUGUAACAACUAUGCUGUCGUGUAAUAAGUAUUCAGAGCAUUUUCAAUCAUGGCGAUUUGGACAAAAUCCGAAAGUUGAUGGUCUUUUCAGCAAUUUUACUGAUUAUUCUUUAUUUUAAGGAAGAACUGAUUUGGAGUCAGUCCGCUUUAAAGAAGCAUCGCAAAUGUCUCUUUUAAUGAUUUAAAAAUCAUCACUUUUACUUAGAUUGCUAGACAUGCACAUAUGGGAUAUGAAAUUGCUGACCAACUAGCCAAGGGUGUUGCUCUGGAAGCUGCAAGCUCAUCAUUAGCUUCUGCAACUAACUACUCUGCACAAGGAAAGUGCUAAGACUAUCCAUAAGAAUACAGAGAAGCUCUGGCAACGACGAUGGGAUGUAGCAUGUCUCAUCCACCAUUGCUAACAUCUAGCUAGCCAUCAAAAUAAUUACCCAGCAGUUCUUUAACUUUGAGCUUUCAACACCAAAAACAACGGCAAUAGUGGAUUAUGUUUUUGCUGUAAUCACAUGUAAAAAGUCAUAAAUGUGUGUGCCCCAGUGAUUUUUAUUAGUUUGACUUGGGACAUUUGCCACUCAAUCAAUGGCGGUGGCCCCUGGGCAAGGUGAUGUGACUUUAAUUUGUGCAUGCCCAUAUUUGUAUAUCACAAUAAUCUAAUUAUUUGGAGACUAGAGGUAGAAGACAAUCUCCUUGAUAUUAGAGAAUUGCUUUUCAAAAGGAUUUAAGAAAGCGGUCAUGGAAGUGAUCAUUUAACAAUCUUGCAAUGUGGUUAUCUAGACCACUUUGUCACGUUAAAUUGGUUUGGCAACCCCAACUCACGACAUGGUUUAGAUCUUGAAGCAUGUCUAAGCUUUGGUAAUGGAGGACAGUUGUGAACUACACACUAAUGUUUUUAUUUUUUUUUAAUUGCAGUUUGACCACUUUAAUACUUUAAAUAUUUAUUAAAUGGAUAUGAGAAAGUUAUUGACACAGAUUAUAUCCUGAAAUUUUCAGCCCAUUCCAUGCUAAACAAGAUGAAAAUGUACAGAUAUUUUUAAUUUUGAUUGGGCACUCGAUCAGUUAAUUAUCGUUCCAUGAUUUCCUUAUUCCCAUUUCAUCAAACCCAAUCACAAGUCUUGUUUACGCAUUACAUGUAUAAAGUGUACAUUGUAUGUGCACGUCAUUCAUGGUGGGCGUGCCUGUGCUGUAUGCAUUAUCACAAUUACCAUCGUAGCCAGGAUUACGUCAUCUGUGAGUAACCUGAAUCCCGAAGUAAGUACAGGGAAAGAGACACAAAUGGCAACAGAUAAUAGUACUUUGAAUAAAAUGACACAUCAUACAGAAUUAGAACUGCAGGUAAUAAUAAUAAUAUUGACUGGCAUUAAUUUUCAGGAGAAACCACUUUAUAUCUCCCUCGGUAGACCGAUAUUGGCCUCGUCAAGAGUUGGGAAGUAUGAGACCACUUUAAGAAAUACAUGGUAUUUCUCUCAAAGCCAGUCAGUUUUCUAUAAAUAUCUGAAUUGGAUUUUCCAGCAACAGAGUGGUAGUGGUGGGAAGAUAAAGGGAUCAUGCAUAAUUAUCAAGUUUUACUCUUCUUUAUUCCUUCCCUUAUUCGUAGCUGUUAAGAUGGCUAUCAAAAUUCAGUUUGAUGGCAUCUCUUUGGAUAUGAUGCCAAGUUUGCGGCAUAAGAAGAGGAAGGAAGAAAUGUUUCUGCAUAGAGAGGGGAGACCUUACUGGAGGAUGAAGAUGAAACAGAUCGUUGUUUUCAAAGGGUUGGUGAGUCUAGAGGCAUUUUGUUUCACUCCCAUCAAAACGUAAGUCAUUCAUGAGUUCCAGUCCUUCUUCCUACUCUAGGAACUGAUUGGACUACUUUCAGAGCCACACCCUUCAGCGCCACACCCCUGUAUCCACUCUGCCUAAAUGUUCACAAAACUCCUAGAUGCACCAAUCCUGGAUGCACCAAUCUUCGCCCGUUGAGACAUUCACCCAACCUCGACAGGUUGCACCAUGAGCGACAAGGAAGCCAUCUUGAAGCGGAAGCCGUCAGAUGAACAAGGAAAGGAAGGGACGAAGAAGUCCAAGCUAUCCUUCAACAUUGGAAUCAAGAAGUCUUCAGCAGUUGCAUCGGAAAAUAUUACCAGUGAUGGGAAGCCUUCUCUCAGCAAGCCGAAAAUGAAGAUAGCUCCGGUCUCUAUUAAAUUAGGAGCACCGAAACCAAAGGAGCCCGAAAAGAAGAAAAUCUUAAAGCCAAGUGGUACAGCAGCUCAAGCUUUUGCAGAUGAAAGUGAUGAAGAAGAAGAAGACAUGCCGCCUGAAGCUAAGAUGAGAAUGAAGAAUAUUGGCAGGGAAACACCCACCUCAGCAGGACCUAACUCUUUCAACAAGGGUAAGAUGGGAUUCAGCAGCCCCUCGGCCAAAUGGAAGACGCCCCGUCUAAAGUCCAGCGCUGAGCAGAUCCAACAAGAAGAGCAAAAGCUGGAUGGCAGCUCAUAGCAUCGAUGGGAAAGAUGGUUAUGUAAUAUAUUUGCGUUAUAUCCAUGUACAGAGAGAGAGAUAGAGGGGGGGGGGGGGGGACAGUGUACAUAAUAAGCCCAUAUUCUGAAGUCUGGGUCCCGUAACACAAAGAUUAGCGAUAAAUCGUACGCUUGAAUUUCACAAUUGAUUGUACCUUUUAAUCAAUUGUAGAAAAAUGUACGAUGAUUGCUUUGUGUUACGGGCCGCCCCUGGUUAUGGCUUAACUCUUUGCCCGCCAAGGACAAAAUCAUUCCUGCGCCACAUUAAUUUCAAGGUGCAACCUUGAGAGGGGUUUAGCAUGUACUGUGCUAAUUCAGUUCACAAUACAAGUAGCUUUUGAUUGGUUUAUUGUAAAGAAAAGUUUUGUGUGUACUCUGUACAAUGCAUUGCACCAAUCACUAUUAUAUUGUGUGUGUAUGAACAAUAGCCUUAAUGCACUAUGUGUUUAUUGUGAAUACUUGACCUGAGUCUAACUUGGCAGUCUGCUGUAUGUGGCUCUAGUCGAACAAAGCGGGCAAAGAGUUAUGGCUUAACUCUUUAUAACUUAGAUCAACUUAUCACAUUUUGUAUUGAUAUUGUUAAGAAUUGUCCUGAAAUAAUGAUUAUAAUGGCUUUCUUUAAAGGACAAGUCCACCCCAACAAAAAGUUGAUUUGAAUAAAAAGAGAAAAAUCCAACAAGCAUAACACUGAAUUUCAUCAAAAUCGGAUGUAAAAUAAAGUUAUGACAUUCUAAAGUUUCGCUUAAUUUCACAAAACAGUUAUAUAUGUACAUCCUGGCUGGUAUGCAAAUGAGGAGACUAUGACAUCAUCCACUCACUAUUUCUUUUGUAUUUUAUUUUAUGAAAUAUUCUUAUUUUCUCCUCAUUAUCAAGUGAUACAACAAUUGAUUCCUCCCUGAACGUGUGAAAUUAGCAUUGUUUGAUACUAAUGGUUCUGUCAAGUUGGUCCUUAUUGUCAAAUCUAUAAAAAAAUGAAAUAUUGUAUAAUUCAAACAAUAAUAAACAAAAAAAAUAGCGAGAAUAGCAACACCCCCAUUAGACCUAAAAAGGUCCAGUAAACAAUCACAUAUAGACUUUAUUCAUGUAUAUGUAUAAUCAGAGAGAUUAUGUAUAGAGAAGUUAUAAUUGUAUUUUCAAAUUUUAAAAGAUAAAUAUUUGUGAGAGAUCCGACAAUGGUAGAGGAAUAUGUGAGUUUUUUUUCAUUCAAGUAUUCAUUUUUUUUUUUUACUGAAUUACCCGAUGUAAGUGUAACAUUGAUGGAAAGGUGUUUAAAAAUUCAGUUUUUAUCGAUAAUCUGUUUAUGUGAAAAUAGCUUGAACGUGCCCUUAAAAAAUGAUGAAUAUUGUAUACAUGAAUUGUAUUAAUGAAUUUGUAAAUGAUAUCUUCCUUUGAGGAACAUUGUAAGACUGGCAGCCCAGCAGGUUUACUUGAUAAUGGCUGUGGAGUAGUUGGCUUUGUAGCCUCGCCUGCUGCUUGUCUGAUGAACAGGGUCUGAAAAUAGACUGAAGAAGCGCCUCUGCAGUGUUGAUGCACCUUGCAUGUAUGUAUUUAGGCGCGUGUAGGGACUUAGUAUUGGAUGUCUUGGCUUAAGGCUACCACCCUUACUAGAUGCCUGGGCUCCAUCUUACAAAGAGUUAUGAUUGAUCCAAUCAAACGUAACUAUGGAAAGCCAGCAAAGUCAGCAUAUAAAAUGCAUGUUAAUUUUUUUUUAAAUUGUAGAUAUCAAUGUAUAUCCAUAAAUUCAUUGAUUUCUUGACAAUUUGGUGUGAUCUCCUUUCUUUACAAAGGACAUUUUGCAGAUUCCCUGACGGAUUUCCAUAGAGUUACGAUUGAUUGGAUCACUCGUAACUCUUUGUAAGACGGGGCCCUGGUCUGUGUUGUGAUCUUACUGCUGAAACACAAAAGUUAAUGAUGGCAUUAGUGAAAGCCUCUUUUAUUGCACAGAGAGUGAGAGAGAGAAAGAGAGAUGGAUAAGGGGGGGGGGGGGGGGAAGGAGAGAGAGGGAGGGAGAAGGGGGCAAAUGACAUCAUUAGAAAUGACUUGCAUCCUCCCAAAUUUGAGUACUUUCAUUGUGAUUUAAUGUAACAUGUAAUUUCAUGUAACCUACAGUAUUCAAUGCAAUACAACAAGUUUUUACAGGUCUUUUAGAUGGCAACUUUUAUUAUAUGGUUCUUGAAAAACGAGUAUAAUUUCACCCCUCCCUCCCUCCCCCCCAAAAAAAAAAGGAGAGAAGAAAAUAUCCUGUUGAAAGCAACCCUUUCAUCUAUGUCCUCUCCAAAUUUAUGCUUCUUUAAAUAUUUUUUUCUGUUGUCUAUGUGACAGCGAUGGUUGGAUGAAAAAAGAAGAGAAGUGAAAAAGAGAUGGAUAAGGUAGAGAUAAAGGGAUGGUGAGAAAGAGAGUGAGGGGUUAGCAGGAGGAAGGAAAGGAGGCACAAAGAGGUCAAUAGAUUCAGAUAUAUGUUACAAAGAACAAAGCAAUGAAAAUGACAAAAGGGAAGGGGGUUAAGGAUUGUGAAAAAGAAAGCGGUGGGGUAUAGAGUGAAAAAAUGGUGGUGUAAAUUGAGAAGAUUGGAGAGAUCUGAAAAGAGAUGAAGCCUAAUCACUGAUCUGUAUAAUAUAGUGUACACUAUCAGUGAGCCUUAAUUAUCAGCGAAUGAGAUAAUGAAGUAUAGGAAAAGAAAAAUGAAAUGUCGCCCUCAACGACAUGAACAAUGUGAUGUCAUUGUUAAAAUUACGAUUACUUUGGCAGGGGCAUAUCAUGUUUGAAGGUCUCAUGUUCUCUUCUCUGGACAAUAAAGAAUACAAUCUUUUUCAAGUGAUGUCAUAUUUCAAACCAUUCUGUGUGAGUCAGGGUCACUGAUCUGAAUACUAUCAGGGUUUACCUAUAGUGGCGAGUCUACUGUUGAAACCCCUAAAGUGGUCUGUAUGUGUAGCCUACAAUGACUUAUGUACUGAAGCUUUGUAUGUGCUAGUCUUGUGGGAAGACCCACUUGAUCAAAGUUUCAAUCAGGGUCUAUCCCUGCAGACUUCAGUUUACGGAAUGACGUAGGGCAUAUUGUAAUUCUUGGAUAAUUCCUCUGGGCUGCCAGUCAUAUUUUUGUUUUAAUAGGAAUUUCCCAUUUCCUUUUCUAUGGAGGUAUUAAACAUUAUGAAAUUUUGUAUUUAAUA